UACGGUUGUGACCGGUGGUUCUCGUAGAAUCUUUGAGCAUUGUCAUAAAUUUAUUUUAUCGCACAAGAAAUUUUGCUAUUUCCACGACGACGACAUACGAACUCCGGCGACCGACGCCUUGACGACAUUACCCACACUGCAAACGCCCGCAUUUGAGAUGCGUUCCCUCCCCGGGCCACGCGCGACACCCACGCUGAUACAUGCUGAGCUUUCUACUCCGGUGAUUACUCGCCAACAGGUUUUGACUCACAAAUCUGAUUUGCAUCGCGAGCACGGCUUCACAUCAUCAGCGUUCUUGGUUGCGAGUUGCAAAUUUCAAAUCGACGAACAGAGAAGGCGUUGUUUCGUCUCUAGAGAGUUCGACAAAGUUCAGUUCUAGAGAUGAAAUUCAAUGUCAGGUCAAUUGGGGAGAAGGGAAGCUAUGUCGUUACUCAAAAUUUAAGAAUUUCCCAGUUGGGAAAAUCAGGUCGCGUUGAAGAAGCUGUUGCAAUUUUCUUGCAGAUGACUGAGAAGAACGUUGUGACGUACAAUUCGAUGAUCUCUGCCUAUGCCAAAAAUGGAAGGAUAGCAAAUGCGCGCGAGUUGUUUGAUUUAAUGCCUCAAAGAAAUUUGGUUUCAUGGAACUCCAUGAUCGCGGGUUACUUGCACAAUGAGUUGGUUGAGGAUGCAGCCAAACUGUUUGAUAGAAUGUUUAAAAGAGACAUCUACUCGUGGACUUUGAUGAUAACUUGUUAUACUCGUAUUGGUGAGCUUGAGAAAGCAAGGGAGCUUUUCAAUUUGCUUCCUGACAAGCAAGACACAGUUUGUCGGAAUGCACUUAUUGCUGGUUAUGCAAAGAAGAGACGGUUCGAUGAGGCGAAAAAGCUAUUUGAUGAAAUGUUGGUUAAGAAUAUAGUUUCAUGGAAUUCUAUGUUAUCAGGCUACACAAAGAAUGGGGAAAUGCAGUUAGGGCUGCAGUUCUUUGAAGCUAUGGGAGAAAGGAAUGUGGUUUCAUGGAAUUUGAUGAUUGAUGGAUACAUUGGGGUUGGUGAUUUGGAUUCUGCCUGGAUGUUUUUCAAGAAAAUUCCAACCCCAAGUGUGGUAUCCUGGGUGACAAUGCUCUCUGGUUUUGCACAUUGCGGUAGGAUGACUGAGGCUCGAAAUCUCUUCAACGAGAUGCCAACUAAGAAUUUGGUUUCUUGGAAUGCUAUGAUUGGAGCUUAUGUACGAGACAACCAAAUUGACGAUGCUUAUAAACUAUUUAUGGAAAUGCCAGAAAAGGACUCUGUAUCGUGGACUGCUAUGAUCAAUGGGUAUGUUCGAGUUGGUAAACUUUUGCAGGCAAGGGAAAUUUUAAAUCUAAUGCCUUACAAGAAUAUUGCUGCUCAAACAGCAAUGAUCAAUGGAUAUGUACAAAGUAGUAGAAUGGAUGAAGCCAACGAAAUUUUUAGUCAAAUUUCUGUGCGUGAUAGUGUUUGUUGGAACACCAUGAUCACUGGCUACGCACAUUGUGGAAGAAUGGAUGAAGCUCUCCGUUUGUUUCAAGAAAUGGUAUGCAAAGACAUGGUUUCAUGGAAUACUAUGAUAGCUGGUUAUGCUCAAGCAGGACAAAUGGAUAAAGCACUCGAAAUGUUCAAUGGAAUGCAAGAAAGGAAUGUUGUCUCUUGGAAUUCUCUGAUUACAGGAUAUGUACAAAACGGAUUAUACUUCGAGGCACUGAAUUGUUUCAUAUUGAUGAAACAGCAAGGAGAGAAGCCUGAUCAAGCAACUAUUGUAUGUUGCUUGCGAGCAUCUGCCAAUCUUGCAGCUUUGAAAGUUGGAGUUCAACUUCACCAUCUCACUAUCAAGACUGGUUUUGCCAACGACUUAUUCGUUAAAAACGCAAUAUUGACCAUGUAUGCGAAAAGUGGAAGAGUCACUGAAGCUGAAAAUGUAUUUGCUGAGAUCAACAAUAAAGAUGUGGUCUCAUGGAAUUCUUUGAUAUCUGGAUAUGCAUUAAAUGGGUAUGGAAAAGAAGCUGUUGAACUUUUUGAAGUGAUGCCACUAAGAGGUGUCAUUCCUGAUGAAGUUACAUUCACGGGCUUGUUAUCUGCUUGCAAUCAUGGUGGUUUUGUGGAUCAGGGUUUGAAUUUGUUUAAGAGCAUGACUGAGACAUAUUCAAUAAAACCCCAACCAGAACACUAUGCUUGUGUGAUCAACUUGCUCGGUCGAGUGGGUAGGUUAGAAGAGGCUGUGGAAAUCGUGGAGGGGAUGAAAAAUGUGUCAAGUGCAAAAAUAUGGGGUGCAUUGCUCUGGGCAUGUAGGAUACAUCAUAAUUUGGAGCUAGCUAAGUAUUCGGCUGUGAGGCUUUUGGCACUCGAACCACAAAAUGCUUCAAAUUAUGUACUAUUAUCAAACAUGCAUGCUGAGGCAGGGAGAUGGGAUAUGGUUGAGAGAGUCAGGGUAUUGAUGAAAGAAAAUAAGGCUGAGAAGCAACCUGGCUGCAGUUGGAUCGAGAUUGACAAUCAGCUGCACUGUUUUCUAUCUAAAGCUCCCCCAGACUUGAGGCCAGAAAUUUGCAACAUAUUGAAAACUGUUAGAAACACAGAGUGGAUGUUGGAUUAUAGGUAUAUGCUUGAUAUAUUAUGAGAAACUGCUGAUAGUACAUAGAUGAAGAGUGGUUUUGGAGGUUUUCCAUAUUCUCGAACUUUUUUCUAGAUGAGCCAAUGUUGGAACAUUUACGAAAAUUUUAAUUUAAGUUUUGAUUGAACAUUAACAAUGGAAUAAUUUGAUCCAUUGCAAGUUCAGCUUUA